UUAAGUACUUUCACCUUCUUUUCCUAAUCUUACUUGAACUCCAAGUAAGGGUUAGUAUAAAUAGGACCAAGGAUACAAGGGAAAUAAACCCUAAAACACAAUUUGCCUCUCCUCUUAAUUUUCUCCCUCUCUCAUCUCGGUCGGCGUGCACCGCAAGCAAGCAGCAGUAGCUCGUCCCUCUACUACUGCUGAGAUGCUGCUCCCGUGUCCCUCCGCUUGUUCCUCGUCGCUUACACCGCGUGGGUGGUCAGCUUGUAACCCGCCCGAUCAAUGUAAAAAAGUAGACGAUAAAACAAAGAUCAAAUCAAGGUAGGCAUAUCAUGAUUUAAUUCUCUAGUCCCUACAGUCACACAUCAACUUGUACAAAGUUCAAACCAGACUCACAAGGCAUACGCAUAAAAUCAAGAUUGGGUCUCACCAAGUGAAUCACUUCUCUUGUUAUGUGGUGGGCUAAGCGAACCAAAUGUGACCCGUUCACUCACCUUCCCAUUAUGAAUAUGCAUACUAUCAAAUGAGUAGUAGCCCCUCCCAACUCACAACACUAGUGUGUUUGAAGGUUCUCCUAAACACUCAACCUACGCCAGAGUCGACUCGAAAUGCACAUAUACUCUUUGGCCCUUGAUAAACGACUACUUUCAACCUAUUUUUUCACACACAUUUCACGAUGAUAAAAAAAGGUAUUUAUAUAAGCUUGUAAUGUUGGCCGGGUAAAAACAAAGGGUAAGGAGUAUUUUGGACAUGUAAUGGUUUCGUCAUUAUCCCGUUAGGGGAGACACAAAUUAGGUGUCUACAGAAGCCCCCACUUUGACUGAGCGUUCGGUUAAGAAAGCGAAAGUCAAAGUUUUUGAUUAGGGACGGAGAAUAGUCAAGAUGUUCUGCAAUCAAGACCAUUCUUUUUACGCUGGUACCUGCACAAGAUAAGUGUUAAAAAAAAGGAUAGAGUCUACCUCUGUGCGUCUUGACAACUUUGAUCUUUGUAUGGAUUGCAUUUCUUUUCCGGCUUUGACUUAGCACGGAGCUUGGCAUCGAAAAUUUUGAAUUUUGAACCAUGAAUUUUGAAUUUUGAAUUUUGAACUUUGAAUUUGAAUUUGAAUACCCGGAGUAAAUCCGCGGGGUUUUGUACUUACUUUGAAUGUCGUAUGAGGCUUGAACCGCUGGGGAAUAGGCCCACUAGGGAAAAGAGUUUUUUAUUUUUGAAUUAUUUUAAACUUUCCCGGAGCUUGGGUCCGCUGGGAGUAAGGAGCUUAAAUCCGCAUAUUUUUUGCACUCCAUAUGCUUGAGAUAUUUAUCUGUUGAUGCUGGCCGAACAGACGUAUACCCGUAUUCAUCGAAAAGUAGCAUGAUUCGACGUUUGAUGCUUGGUGUAGAAAACCGUAGCAGCAAAGUACGUAAAAUCAGCACGGAUGACCGUGCCGAGAUUCAACGCAUCAGUUAGGGCCUGCGUCUGGAGCAAGGCCAGUGCCCAGCGCAGGGGCUGCUUAUAUGUAACCCCUCGUGUGUUCUUGGUCGAGCACACUUCAUUUUUCUUGGUUCUUUCUCUCAAAGUUCGAGUGUUUCUCUCCCUUGAUCUUGUGGUUUUUGAAUUUCACUUAUCCAUGUAUGUAUUUCAAGUUUUGUUAUUGAAAUUACCUUAGGAUUGAAUGUAUGGUAAAUUCUUGUACUUGAAAUGUUUUUGUAUUUGUUGAUGUUUGUACUUGUAUCUUGAGAAUGUUUGAAUAGUAGAAGGCUCUUUGUAUUUUGUAUGAAAAAAAAAUUAUUUGGUAGCCACCUUGAACUUAAAUUAUUGGAACUUUGUAGGAUUUGAACUUGAACUCUUGCACUUUAGAAUUUGUACUUAGAACUUGUAGAGAAAGAUUUCACUCGGGAACUUCAUAAAUCUUGUAUAGAAAUAGGAACGGAUAGCCUAGGCGUCGGUGUGGACCUUGAAUACCUGCUUUGACAUGGAUAGCUUAGGCGUUAGUGUAGACCUUGAAUACCUGCUUUGGCAUGGAUAGCCUAGGCGUUGGUGUAGACCUUAAAUACCUGCUUCGGCAUGGAUAGCCUAGGCGUUGGUGUACACCUUGAACAGUCUCCCAAAAUGGAACUCCCUGGCUAGACUUGCACGGCCACUGGGGAUUUUCAGACUCUUGAACUUUUGUACGAGCUAGUUUAAGAGAUCCCCAAGGCUUGGAUGUUUGAUUUUUUGUAUUUUAAAUGAUUUAUUAUGUCUCGUCACACUCGGAGCAAGCUUGCUGAAUCCUCGAGCAGCCGAGCGGCUAUAUAUGGAGGACGCUUCUGACAACGAAGCGGCGGAGAUAGAGGCACUCCCCUUAGGGAUGACUCCUAGGGGAAGACCCAAUUUUUAUGGUCUUGGAUGACAUCCCACAGACAUUGUAUUCCACCCGAGAUAUCACUUGUCUCACCGGCCAAGUGCUGGCGUGGUAUGCCUCACACCCUAUUUUGAACUUGCGACUUGAAUUGUAUAGGUUUGUACUGAUCCACCCUUUUUCUAGACUGAUAGGACAUGGAUCCGAGUGUUCUGGUUAGAUGAGCUUCUGACUGUCUCUAAGACCAUUUUUGCUGUCGAGGAGACCCGAGUGAUUUGGGCUCAGACUGGAUUAACUGCCUUCUAGGAGGCGCUCCGAGGUUUUGUAGAGAUGACGGGCGUCAAAGCCUGGACACUGGCUCUUUUGGAGUGGUGGUGCGACACCAAUGACACGUUUCACAUGAGCUGGGGGGAGAUUACCAUCACUCCCUUAGAGUUUUCCAUGAUUAUCGGCCUCCCAUUUUCUAAGGUGGAGGUCGUUUUCAACUCAAGCUUGACAUGGAGAUCUGCUGGCGUCAGGGGCUUGAUUGGCCCAGUUGUAAACUCGAUCACUUUUAACGACACUACUACUUCAAUGAAUGUGAUCUUGGUGGGUAUUGGCAUGGUUGGCAUGACAAUGGAGCAGAAGGUUCGAUUCUUUCUUCUGGCACUUGUAGGCCGAGUGGUUGCCCCCGGCAGGAGUAGCCAUGUGAUUGUGGGCUUCUUGGGGUCUUUGAGGGACUUGCGGGUUGUUUCAGGCCUCAGCUGGGGUAACUUGGCAUAUAUCCACCUUUUGUACGAGAUGAAGAAUGUUUUAAGGACUGCCCCGGAUAGCGCGAUUGGCAUAGCCGCCAUGUGGAGAGUGCUGGAGAUUUGGGCGUAUGAGCAUUUUCCUGGCUUGGCGCCUGCUUGCCCUGGAGUUGCGGCUUACCCGUUUGCUGCUUCUUGGGAAGGAGCGGAGCGCAGUAUGAUGACUACAACAUCUUUCCGCAGAGCUUUGCGGGUCAUGUCUUUUGAGGAGGUAUGUUGGCGCCCUUUUUCUAGCGUACACACACCGGCUUCGGCUAUGCGAGCCUACUUCAUUUCCGGGGGGCGUGUGCUGAUCUCGGGGAUUUAUCCCCCCCAUGUUGUACCUGGGUGUGCGGGUGACUCUUCAGCACAACACUGCGGGCCGGCUCGUUCCUUUGGAUCCUCCAGAAUCCAUGAUGUUGAAGGCUGCCGAGGUUUCUCAGGUCUAUGUGGAGAACAUGGAGGCGGGUGGCGAUUCCCUUUGUCUCCCGUGGGAGAGUUUUGUAGACAGGGGUGCUAGCUACAGAGAUUUCCUGUCGAGGCUUGCUCUGGCUGUUCGCUUUAUGCCACAGGUCGAGGAGGUUGACCCGGAGGAUGUGCCCUAUGUUGACAGGGUCCUCCGCUAUGUGGACUUGGAUGGGGAGUAGGUAGAGCUCAUUGUCCCGAUGGCCUCUCCCUCAGAGCAGAUGGCGGCCGAUGCUCUUCCUGAGCAUUAUGCAGUUGCGCCUCGAGCAAGAGUGCACCGCUGGAUGCUCGUAAUCGAUUCCUUGAUGAAGCAUUAUGUCGACCUGACCAGGAAGCUCACAGGCAGAGACCGAGUUGAGCAUCGUAGGGGCCGUAGAGAGGAUAGGACUCCUCAGACUGGUGUUUUGAUGGAGCAGACCGGGCGGAACUUGGGUCGGGGCCCUGACUCUAGUGUUGAGACUCAUUGUUGGCGCUCAGAUGUUGAUCCGAGGGAUGUUCCCUCUUCUUCUACUCAUCCUGGUGUUUGCAUGACAUCUUCGCUGUUUGGUAAAUAUGAAGAUGGGGACAUCGUGAAUAAGUUACAAGAGAUGUAUGAGGUACUCAAAAAUUCGAGGGAGGAGCCUUUCACGAUUGAAGAGAUAAAUGAAGUUCGAGAAAAGUUGGCAAACUUCAUUUCUAGUGAUUGUCUUUGAUAUUUUCUUGUAGUGAAUUUUAGUAUUGUUUUUGAUAUUUCCUUGUAAUGAAUUUUAGGUUACGGAUGCUAGUUUUUUAUGACUGCUGUACAAUUUAAUUAUCUAUAUAAUUGGGUACUUUUUUAUAUGAUGUAUGGAGGUUAACUA